GCGCUAGGCUUUAGCUUACGAUUGGGAGUCGACUUGAUAAACUACGUUGCUACCCAGAUCCCCGGCUGAGCCAUCAGCUCUCUUGCCUGAUCAGUAAACCGCUGGGUUUCGUUUGCGAAUAAUAGGCCAGCGGCACCCUGCUUGCAGAGCCGUUUGAUCUCUCAACUCGACUACUAUCUUCCCCAGCUAGCCAUCCAUUCCCUGCCUCACCACACCCCCCGACUAUCGAUCAUCGCGACUACUCCCACUGUGGACUUCACCUCUUCAGCAACCCCGCGGUGACCCCUCUAGCACCAUCAACAACACUGUUCCGUCACAUAUUCGCAACCACAUCAUUUUGGUUUAAAAGGAUACCCUUUCCUCCCCGUUGAUACAGCACCGUGUAUUGUGUAACUAUCCGGAUCAUCGAAACUGGCUGCUCUACAGUCACCAGCGUUGCUGACCACCCUUCAGCUGGGACCGACAGCAGGGUCGUGUGGCAUUGAAGGUCUUCGGGGCAUGGACGACUCGAACCGUAUGAGGAGGCAGAAUGAACCGCCGGUCCAUUCGAACCCCAACCAAAGAUACUCACUCAACGAUCCGUCACAACAGCGCCGUUCGCUCGCUGGAAUUUCCAACGACAGGUAUCGCCCUGCAUCCCUUGCUGGCCCUUCAUCGUCAGGGCGAGGCAUGGGGGCUCCGGGUAACUACAGUAGCUACUAUUCAGAACCUAGUGCAUCAUUCUCGACGGCAAAUAUGCCUGGCACAGCUAUAGCUUAUGGCUCUGAGUACGGCCACGACUCCCGCCAAACGCAAGGUUUUGGCGGCUACAGUACCGCAGCUACGAUGAUGUAUAACGUUGGCCAACCGAGCACGCAAAACACAGUUUACGAUGCGCAGCAAUUCAGCUCGCGGCAACCUGCAGCUAUGCAAAUGAUGCCACCAGACGUCGCCUCGAGCUACUUUGGGUCCGAAACUGGAGCCUCAGCUGGCCCGAGUCUACAGCAACCGGCGCAGGGCUCAAGCGGAUCCGCGAAUGUUUACCAGCAAAGCAAUGCCAUGAAUUACGCGAGCAACAGCAUGUCCAGUGUGAGCGCAAUGCCGCAGGCAACAAACACCGCCGAUGUUUCAAUGACAGACGACCACGAGUAUGCGGAAGGCGCCCUCGAAGAGAAAUGGGUCAGUUACCAGAGGCAGCUAGGGAGCAUAUUUCAGGAAAUAGUGAAUGGGUCUCUUGAGAGUGCAUCUGAGACAUUGCUUAGCGUCACUAGCUGGCUCUUGUCUCAGGUCGCAGAUCUAGGUCUUAAUCUUGACGAUACCAACCUCCAUUCUGAUCGGAUUCAGCUGUGGAACGACUUCAACCACGCUUGGCUCGGAUUGGGCCAACGCCAAAUUGACCUAAUGACUUCAUCCCAACAACUUUCGAGAACGCAAAGUCUGGUUUCAAAGGCCAUGAUUAAAAAGAUGGGAAACGAACUAAUAAGGCUAUGUGACGGUAUAGAGCGCCAUGGCCUGGUGGACUAUCAAUAUGGAGUAUGGGAGGAUCAAAUAACUGCUGUUCUUGAAGACUGUCUAAACUUAUAUGAUGCUUCAGAAGAAGACAGCGACAGUGGCAACCGAUAACGUACACAGUUAAGACUGCACAAGCACUCAAACACAUGUCACACAUACAUGUCCCCCCUUUUGACACCGAAAUUUGCGUUCAAAAUCAGGCAUCACGGCCCAAUGUCUGCAUGGCGUCACUAUGUUGAGCGCCAGCUGCAACAAGGAACCCGCUGUCUUCGUUGCGC